AUGCUGUUUGGAGAGGGCUCAACGCUGGGGAGAAGAUCCACGCGGGUCGAGGCCCAGCAGCGGCAGCAGCAGUAUGCCGCAGAGCUGCGGGCGCAGGUGGCCGCCAAGGAGCAGCAGCGGCAGAGCGAGCGUGCCCACAGCCUGCGCCAGUCGGUGACUCUUCUGGAGCUGCGCCAGGCAGCGCCGUCGGCGGUGCUACCUGGGGGUGCCGCCGUUGGCUCCGCCCGCGGCGUCUUUGUGGCUGGCGCCGCCAUGCCGCUGCCAUCCCAGGCGCAGCAAACACGGGCAGGAGCAGGGGCCGACUGGUCGGCGCAGCACAGCGGCCCGCCGCAGGGCCAGCAGCAGCAGCGGGCAUCUUGGGGCUGGCAGCCGCAAGCGGGGCCUCCACCCCCACCAGACAUGGAGGAGCGAGGUGGAGCUGGGCUGGCACCGACGAUGUCGAGGCAGCUGCCGCCCCUGCAGCAGCAGCAGCAGCAGCAGCAGCAGCAGUCCUACAUGCAGCAGCAAGGCUGUGCAGGCGGCCACGGCCAGCAGAUGUACAGCGCCCCUUCCUGGCAGAUGGGCCCGCCGCAGGAACAGCCGCCCCAGCCGCAGGCCCUGCCGCUGCAGCCGCCAUACGGCACGAGCAUGCAGCACCAGAGCGCGUCCUUGGAAGCUCCCAUGCCGCCUCCAGGCUGGCAGCCACCGGUAGCGCAAGCACCGUUUGGAAAUGACCUGCAGCCGCCCACAGCCCGGCGCCGCAGCCUGCGGCAGCCCAGCACCUCAGGCCCUCCCGGGCUGCCACCCUGGGCUGCGCAGCCCGGGACAGCAGGCAGCGGCAGCCCUGCGCCCAUGCUGCCAGGAGCGGGAGGUGCAAGGGCCAAUGGAGGCCUGGCGUCCAUUGGCGCGGGAAGCAGCCAGGGCACGGCCAGGGAGGCUGAGGGGCGGAAGCAAGCGGAAUACAAGGCAGACCUCGAGCGCCAGAUGCAGCUAAAGCAGGAGCGCCAGCGCCAGGAGAAGGCGGCAGAGCAGGCGACGGAUGCGCGCAAGGCCAGGGAGGCACACGCUAUGCUGCAGCGCGCCGCCCUGGGCGGGUACGGCGGCGGCGGCGGGCCGUUGCGGGGCGCGGAUGGCCGCCCCAUCACAGACCUCAACAGGGUGCGGCAGUUCCAGGCGCAGGCGAUUACGGCUGAGCAGGCCGCGACAGCGGUCAGCCAUACGCCAGGCGGCAGGCCAGGCAGCAUCCCGGCACACUGGGGGCCUGAACCGGCUGUGGACAGGGCCAGCUGGCAAGCCCAGCCUGCCUUUGAGCCGACGCCGCAUGGGCAGCAGCAGCAGCACAUGCCUGCCGGCUAUCCUGGCCAGGAGCAGCCGCACCUACCUCAGGCGCCAGGCUGGCCCAGCCAAGAGCAGAAGCAGCAGCAGGCGGCCCAUCAGCAGCCCUCGGGCUGGCCACCGGCAAGCCAGGCCUCCAUUCAAGCAGGCUGGCCCAACCAGCAGCCCCAGGUGCUGCCGGAUGCCGGCAGCUGGCAGCAGCGCGGCCCGCAGCAGCCAACCCAGCCGGGCAACCCCCAGCAGUUCCCUGCUCCUUCCGCAGCCAUGCCACCGCAGGCUUCCUUUCCCGGUGCUCCCCCUGCACCCCCACCAGCCACGCCAGGUGGCGGCUACGCCGGCGGUAGCUUCCUCACAUCGCCCGCCCCAGGCGUGGCGGGCGAGCAGGCGUUUGGGCGGCUGCGCUGGGACCGCCCCUACAUGACUGCCAGCGAGGCGGAGAAGCGGGCGGCAGCUCAGGCGGAGUUCAAGGAGGCGCUACGGCAGCAGAUGGAGGAGAAGGCGAGGAGGCGGUCAGAGGAGCUGCAGAGGUGGGCGAACGCAUGGGCUGAGGAGACGGGCGGGGGGACGCUGGAAUCUGGGGGCAUCACAAUCAAGUUCAAGCCGCCACCAGCGGGCAGGCAGCAGGUGGCGCAGGACAGGGAGGCGCAGCAGCGGCAGGCGGCCAGCGGGGCCAGCGCUGCUGCUGCCGGCCUGGAGCGGGAUGAGGCUGUGCCUGGGAUCGACAUACGGGUGAAGGCGCUGCCUCCCCCUCUGGCAGCACAGCAGCAGGAGCAGCAGCUGGCUGCCGCCUCCCCGCAGCCGGCCACUGAGGCGCCAUGGGCCACUGCAGCCCAGCAGGCUGGCCAGGCACACAUGCCGGCAAGUGCGCUGCAGGCCGGGCAUCAGCCCGGUGGCGCGGCGCUGCCGGGCGGAAAUGGGCAGCCGCCACCGCCGGGCCCACCGCCCCAGUGGCAGCAGCACAUGGUGCCCCCACCUGCCAUGCCGCCACCGUUGCCUGCUUGGCCAGCGGCGCCGCCAGCGAUGCUGGCAGAUCACGCCGCGCUGCUGCCACCGUGGGCCCUGCCGCCGCUUGCCCCAGCGCAGCCCCCAUCCCGCUCUGUGGCUCCUCCACCAUGGGGCACGCCUGGGGCGCCCCGCUACCUGCUGUCCCCGCUUGAGCAGCAGCAGCAGCAGCAACAGCAGCAGCAGUGGGCUGCGGCUAUGCCGCUGCCACCUGGCGGCAUGCCCUACUCGCUGAUGGCGCAGCCCUUUGGACCCAGCUCGGCAUUCAGCCCUCUGCCUCAGCAGGGCUUUGGCCCUGGCCCGCCGUUCGGCCCAGGACCACCGCAGCAUGCUGCGGCGCCACGCCCACAAGUGCCGCACUUUGAGACCAGCAGCGUGCUGAGCUUGAGCGACUCUCCCGCUGACAGGAUGCCAACACCUGCGGCACCCGCCCAGCCACAGAGCGGCCGGAAGCCCGACAUCAACGGCGGCUCCUCUGCCGCUGCUGUGUUGCACCUGCGGGAUGGUCCGGCAGAGGCUCCAAUGGCCAAUACCAGCACCCUGGUGUUCCCACCAGAGCCCAAGCUGGCGCCGCCUCGCAAGCCGCCGCCUCCACAGAAGCGGCAGGAGGAGGCACAGCUGCCUGCGCCUCAGAAGGCCCAGGAGCAGCAGCAGCAGCAGCAGCAGCCGGAGCCGGUUCAGCAGCACCAGCAGCCGCAGCACCCACAGCAGCAGCCUGCCCACCAUCACCAAACAUCUGCACCCGGGCAGCGGCCUGCCGCCGACGCCGGCCGGCCGCCGGCGGACAAGGAAGGUGUGCUGCCCUCUGCGCCCCUUGCUGGGGCGAUGAUGCAGUGGGACACACUGCUGCAUGACGUGCCUUUCAGCCGGCAGAACAGCGUGAUCAUGCCGCCGCUGCCAAGGGGGCGGCAGGCGGCGCCCGGUGCGCGGCGCGGCAGCUGGGCGGGCGCCCUGGCUUGA